AAACGCAACUGGUGUGAGUGAUUCUAGCGUUUUCUCUCGUCGCAUCUUCUUUCUUCAUCUUUGACCCUAAAACUCUGCAAAUCUGCUUCAUAGUUUCUCGAGUUUUCAGGUUUAAUCGAUUUUGAUGUUGUUGCUAAUCCCGUAGGAAUCAGUCUGCAGGAGAUGCAUGAUGCAGUACGAGUAUCUAAGAUUUUAUGUCAACUGUAACCUUCGGUGUCCUAAUUGUCUACAGUCGUAUUUGGCAGUAGAAGUCCCUAAACCAGGUAUAUCAAGCCGUUGGAGUAGUUUCAGCCGUCUAAAGCGAAACCUGGAUCCCAAGUCAGCUGCAAACCACAACACUACCUCAGGUUUAUAUAAUAACUCCAAGUGGACAUUCUCAAGAACCAGCAGUGCAGCUCAUGCUGCUAGUGUGGUUCAACAGGCUUAUGAGAAGGUCAAGAAAGAACGUGAGCAGGCGAAAGCAACCGCGAGAAGAGAAAAGAAGAACGCCAAAAGGAAGAGCACAACUGAUUCGUCUGCUUCUGGUAGUUUGCUUAAAAAGAGGAAAGUUCGUGGAGAAAAUGAUGUCAGUUGCUCUGGUGGAAGAAAGGUCACUUACUGUGUGACUGGUGAAACCGGAAAAAACAUGGGAAAGGUAGAACAUGGAACCAAAGAGAGAGCGGACAAGUUCUCUCCUAGAAGAACCCAGAGAAAUAUUAGCAAGGAGGAUGUAACAAGAGAGGAGUAUUCAGUCAAGUCUAGCACGGGCAAGUCAACUAAGAUGCAGCUUGUUCUGCAUCUGGUUAACCUUCAUGCUCCCGAUAUUAGACGAGGGCGUUCUGAAAUACAUAAUAGCAUCUGCGCCAUCCGCGACCUCGACAAAGGACAAGAAAGACUGUCUCACGGAUCGAAUGCUCAAGUUUCUCCGAACUCUUCCCACCGGCGGAAGAAAGAGACGAGCCUACUACCCGAGGUUUAGUGAAUGCUCAAGUCUACAACCAGUUUCUCUAUUCGUUUUAAUCAACUGUCGCACAAAACUUGUCCUUUUAAAAGCAAUCAAAACGAUGAAUUUUGAUUUCUGUUAUCAAUUUACAUUGGUACAGAGUACGAUUAGAGAGGUUCUACUGCAUUUUUGUGAAGAGUAGAUAUGAAAAAAUAGAAACUUCAGAAAUUG